CAACCCUGGUAUCAACGGUCUUACUCUGUAGCCAUGUUGUGCUUGAUUUACUGCAGAUAUUCUCCAAAAUUGAACUAUGUAACCUCUUAUACGUAGAAUAGUGCAUAACAGCUGCAUGCAUGUUUAGAAAUUGAUAGGUUUAACUAAAUCAAAGAAGAAAAAUGAUUUUUACAUGUCUAGUGUUACUUAUUAUUUUUAUGUGUGUCUGUCUUCAAGCAAGUUAUUUACCAGACGAUCAAGUGCCUAAGUCACAUGCAACAAUAUAUCCUAAUGUAGUUCACAGUGGAAAUAUCACUUUAUCAAAAGUAUUAGAUAAUCGGUAUCUUUAUGUUGGUUCUGUGGAUCGCUUCUUUUUACGUGACAUGGAAAGUGACUUUGAAUUGAAGGCAGACAUCCCAUGGCAACCAGAUGAUUCAGAUCGUGACUUUUGUAAACUGAUGCAUGUGGACACAGAAUGUCAUAAUUUUAUUAAAGUUAUUGAAAAGAAUGAUGAAAAUGACAAAUUGUUAGUAUGUGGUACGAAUGCCUAUGUACCAAGCUGUCGAUACUAUGAUGAUUAUACAAUUCAAAAUACUGAAGAGUUUGGAGUGACAACAGGAUUAUACAAAUCACCGAAUCAUCCUGGUCCACUCAACACCGCAAUAUUUGCAAAUGCAAUCCCAGGGUCUGCUAUAUGUGCCUAUAAUUUGACUGACGUCAAUGCUGUUUUCAAUGGUGGAUUUUUGGCAAAAGAUUCUGCAAAACAUGCAUGGUUACCUGUAGAGGACGAUAUUGUUCCUGACCCAAGACCAGGAACGUGCGUUGACGACUCAACUAGUCACAGCUACAAUGAUCUACUAUUUUUCAAGUCACACACAUUGAUGUCAGAUACUCUCCCACCAGAACAUAGAACAGUUGUUGGAGUAGAAAAUGACUAUAGUGUUGUUGAAGGCAUUGCAAUUGCUGGUUGGGUUGUAGCUGCUGUUCUUGGUAUAUUUAUUAUUGGUUAUUUCUGUGUGGCUAGGGUUAGAAAGUCUGAACGUGGCAUCUGUUGCCGACGAGGACGAUUGGAUGUCAGUACACGACAAACUGAAGAAGGCAUGAAGUCCCCACUACCAGCAACCACUACUCCCGUGGUUCCAAUAGCUCCAGUUACACCCGUGGUCACUCCCGUGGUCACACCCACAACCAUCGAUUCUGAAAACACUAAAAAUACUCAACAAGAGACACCAUUGAGGCGAGAGAAACCACCAGUGCCACAGAAACCCAAGAAUUAUGCUGCUUCUAUCAACGACAGGCGGGCAGUUAAUGAUCAGAGAGCGUCCUCACUGUCACAGAACAGGCGAUCACAACCACAUGACAGUUUUAAAGAUGUUAGUGGGGAACUUAAAAAUAUGUUUAUUCACAGUAAUGGCAGUCAUACACAGCAACAAGGUAUUGGACCAACAAGAGGUGGUAAAGUAGCACACGUAUGAGAUCAGAAAUAAACACAAUGCUGACAUGAUGAAAUCUGGAAGAUGUAAAUGAUGUUCAACACUGCCAACUUGUUAUUUUUGUCCGUCAAUGUUUGCACUUAAUAAAUCAUAAUCAAGAGGAUGAGCAGUUAAUAUUCAGCCAUGACUAGACUUAAUAUCAGACAGCUGAUAAGUACUGGUACGAGUUGAUUGUAAAUAUGACAAAAAUGUACAAGAUUGAUUGUGGUGUCUGGUACAAAUGUGUUUUCUCAUCACGAUUAUGAGUAUGGAGCGCUUCGUGUUAUGUGUGAUGCUGCAGAAUAAACAUGAGGUGUUUGUUAUUUAAACAGAUUUCUAUAUGAAGGAACAUAAAGUAAGUUAUAACACUGAACAUGUAUGAUAUAGAAUAUUUCAUAAUAUUGGUCCCACUCGCAGUAUGUAAAGACUUUUACGACAAAACAUAUGAAGUAAAGUGACAUGAAUUAUGUGAACAUAUUCUUUCCAGUCACAGCAUGUAUGAAAACUUUUAUAUUCAAGGCGCCAUAGAUCUAAAUAAACAGAUCCAUAUCAACAAUACUACACAAGACAUGGAAAAACUUGCACAGUAUGUGAAGUGAACAGAUUCUUGCACUAGGAAAUGUGGAUGUGGCAUGCUACAAAAAGCUCAACGUGAAAUUAUUGUGUACCGGUAAUCUAAAUCAUGUGAACUAAUUAAUUGAUGUCAAAUUUGAACUUGACCAUGUAUGGGGUUUGCAGUAUCUUGCCAUGAAACUGCUGACUCAUUGGUCGCUCUGGUCUGUUGUGUUAACAUGUGAUCUAUGUAUAAAUCUGUACAUAUUUACUUUGUGUGAUAUUUUUUAAUGAUUUCUUGUAUAAAUAAGUGAAUGUGUUUUUUUGUAACUGUCCAAGAUUUUAGUGUGUCGCGUAGUUAAUACUUGUGUGCUUGGUUGGAGUUAUGAAAAUUCUGUUUUUGUUGAGCAUAUCUGUGGUGCUGUAUCCAACUAUUUGUAGUCGUAUUGUAUGAUUGCAAGCAAUGCAGUUUGUUAUGAUGCAAAUUGUGUGUAGUCGAGUAUCUGUUAUCGUUUUAUAUCAACACUGACACUGUCUAUUGCAGCUGAGUUCUUGUACAUGAAAAAAUGAACACUGCCAAAAAUUAUGUUUUCCAGUAUUAGAACUCGAGUGCAGGUACCAGUAUUUCAUAGUAGAUGUUAACACUGCUUCCAUGUAAUAUAUUAAUUUACCUGCUAUGCAAGGUAUUUAUUUUGGGGAAUAAUUCAAUGAUACUAAAUUAAUCCAAUGUUCCAACACUGAUCGCAUGAAAUCUGCAAAAAAUAUUUCAAUAAUUACAGAAUCAGAAUUUUAUUAAUGAUUAAUCAUAACUGCUAAUCUCAGAAAAUUAUGUAAGGUACUAUCUUUAUCCAAUGAAAUGUACGUACUUAAGCUUUUUUUUUAUUUUUUAGAUUGUAUAUAUUUUUUUUAAUAAAACUGAGAAAAGCGUGUAAAUUGGCUGCAUUUUAACCUCAAAGUAAAACAAUUCUCAGUAUCGCAAACACAAAGUGUGCACAUCUUUGGAACGUUUCUCCAUGUUUCGCAUUGCGUCAUGGGAAAAGGUCGACAUAGACAUUUGCAUACCACAAUUAAAGAACUGAUUGAUGUCCUACCUAGUAUGUUUUAUCAGGUAUAAACUCGUUAGAGGUUGUCCAAAAUAUGGUGAAUUAUUUGAAUAAGUGCAAAUGUUAAUCUUAUUAUAACUUAGAGUUCCACUCGGUUUAGUCAUUAAAGAAUGUAAAAUGAAAAUAGGCUCAUCGUAGUAUAAGACACAAUAAUUGUGGACAGAAAAAUGAAUUGGUAUGAACUGACAUUGUAUUCAAGGUACUGAGAAUUACCAGUUGGUGUCUGUCUCAAGUGAGAAGUAACCCGAUGGCCCAGGAGAUAUGGUUAGUUUAGAUUUUGACAAUCUGGCUCUUAAUUGUUUAAACAACAACAUUUAGAUGGGGAAAGUGGGAACAAAUAUUUCAUGGGAAUUUAUUUUUUUAUGGACUUACAUGAACUUUUUUUUGCUUUUUGGAUGAUUUUUUAAAGACCUUGCACAAUAAUGUAUUAAAUUAGUGUUAUAGUGACAGUAAUAAAGUGAAUAUCUUGACUCGUAUGGAU